AUUUUACGGAAAGCGACUGAGGUUCAUAGAGAUAGUGAUUUGGCCAGCGUCACAGGCCCAGUAAAAGGGAUUGAAAAUCCAGGUCCGCCCGACCCUAAAGCAGGGAACUCUGCCUAGUGUCUCGCUGUGGAGUGUCAGGGAUCCUGGGGUACCCUUCAGGGUCUUGGCUCUGAAGGAAAAGCAUUCCCCCGAGGGGAUGGGCUAUAUUACCAGGGGUGUGGAGCCAGAUGCCUGAGGGGGUGUGGCCAGAGCCUGGGGCGUGUCACAGCCGAAGGGGCAGGGCUGCAGCAGCAGGCCUCUAGGUAACUUCAGCGCCUGCGCAGAAGCUCCCCAGCGUCGCCCUAGGCUGGGACUCUAGUGGGUCUUCGGCUCAGUUUUGGCUGCAGCGCCCGCGUAGGUCGGUUCGGCCGGGUUCUACGCCCGGCUCGACUAUGAGCCGGUGCGCCCAGGCGGCGGCAGUGGCGGCCACAGUGCCAGGUGCCGGCGUCGGGAACGUGGGGCUGCGGCCGCUCAUGGUGCCCCGUCAGGCGUCCUUCUUCCCGCCGCCGGUGCCGAACCCCUUCGUGCAGCAGACGCAGAUCGGCUCCGCGAGGCGGGUCCAGAUUUUCCUUCUUGGGAUUAUCCUGCUUCCAAUUCGUGUCUUACUGGUUGCGUUAAUUUUAUUACUUGCAUGGCCAUUUGCUGCAAUUUCAACAGUAUGCUGUCCUGAAAAGCUGACCCACCCAGUAACUGGUUGGAGGAGGAAAAUUACUCAAACAGCUUUGAAAUUUCUGGGUCGUGCUAUGUUCUUUUCAAUGGGAUUUAUAGUUGCUGUAAAAGGAAAGAUUGCAAGUCCUUUGGAAGCACCAGUUUUUGUUGCUGCCCCUCAUUCAACAUUCUUUGAUGGAAUUGCUUGUGUUGUAGCUGGGUUACCUUCUAUAGUAUCUCGAAAUGAGAAUGCACAAGUCCCUCUGAUUGGCAGACUGUUACGGGCCGUGCAACCAGUUUUGGUGUCCCGUGUAGAUCCGGAUUCCCGAAAAAACACAAUAAAUGAAAUACUAAAGCGAACAACAUCAGGAGGAGAAUGGCCCCAGAUACUAGUUUUCCCAGAAGGUACUUGUACUAAUCGUUCCUGUUUGAUUACUUUUAAACCAGGAGCCUUCAUUCCAGGAGUUCCAGUGCAGCCAAUCCUCCUUAGAUACCCAAACAACCUGGAUACUGUGACCUGGACAUGGCAAGGAUAUACAUUCAUUCAGCUUUGUAUGCUUACUUUCUGCCAGCUCUUCACAAAGGUAGAAGUUGAGUUUAUGCCAGUUCAAGUACCAAAUGAUGAAGAAAAAAAUGAUCCUGUCCUUUUUGCCAAUAAAGUCCGGAAUUUAAUGGCAGAAGCUCUGGGAAUACCAGUAACAGAUCAUACCUAUGAAGAUUGCAGAUUGAUGAUUUCAGCAGGACAGCUAACAUUGCCUAUGGAAGCUGGGCUGGUGGAAUUUACUAAAAUUAGCCGGAAAUUGAAAUUAGAUUGGGAUGGUGUUCGUAAGCAUUUGGAUGAAUAUGCAUCUAUUGCGAGUUCCUCAAAAGGAGGAAGAAUUGGAAUUGAAGAAUUCGCCAAGUAUUUAAAGUUGCCUGUUUCAGAUGUCUUGAGACAACUUUUUGCACUCUUUGACAGGAACCAUGAUGGCAGCAUCGACUUCCGAGAGUAUGUGAUUGGCCUGGCUGUCUUGUGCAACCCUUCCAACACAGAGGAGAUCAUCCAGGUGGCAUUUAAGCUCUUUGAUGUUGAUGAGGAUGGCUACAUAACGGAGGAAGAGUUCUCCACCAUUCUACAGGCUUCCCUUGGAGUGCCUGACCUUGACGUUUCUGGUCUCUUCAAGGAAAUAGCCCAAGGGGACUCAAUUUCCUAUGAGGAAUUUAAAAGUUUUGCCUUAAAGCAUCCAGAAUAUGCUAAGAUAUUUACAACAUACCUAGACCUCCAGACGUGCCAUGUGUUUUCAUUACCAAAAGAAGUCCGGACAACCCCCUCCACCGCCAGUAAUAAAGUCGGCCCUGAAAAGCAUGAAGAGAGUACCUCAGACAAAAAAGACGACUGAAAGCAGUAUUUCCAAUAAGGAAAACACAGUAGCUUUUGCUUGAAAUUGUAAAGGCACUUAUUGAUAAUACUUUUAAUGUGUUGGUAAUGAUGUUUAAAAUUGAAAGAUUUUAAAAAUAAAAAUGAUAGAUUUUCUUACUAAAAAUGUUUUUAUUAAUCUUGCUUUUAUUGGAAAAAAUCAAGCAAUAUUUCUUUUUCUUUUGUGUUAUAUUGUACUUUACUGAUUCAUUUACUGGUGAUACAUAUGUUUUUAUGGAUUUUCCAGUUUAAUUUGCAUAUACAAAUGAAUGCAAUGGUCUUACUAUUGGUGAGCGUUGAGCAACACCGUAUAAAGUUUUAAAAAUAUAAACACUUUUUAAUCUACUUUCCUCUAAAAAUCAAUAAUAUUCUAUUAUUUCUAAUCAUUUUCCAUUUGGGAAAUAACAAUGAAGAAUCUGAGAAUUUUACAUCUAUAACUUUACAGAUUCAUUUUUCCAUUUAAAUUUCAGUUUCUUGGAUCACUGAAUAUGGGAAGGGAGAGCUUCACUAAUUAGACGCAGCUUCUUAAGAACUUAUAUUCUCUUUAACAUACAUCUCUAUUGUAGUUUUUUUGUUUUGUUUUGUUUUGUUUUUUGAGAUGGAGUCUUGCUCUGUCACCCAGGCUGGAGUGCAGUGGUGCAAUCUCGGCUCACUGCAACCUCUGCCUCCUGGGUUCAAGUGAUUCUCAUACCUCAGACUCCCGAGUAGUUGGUAUUACAGGUGCCCACCACCACACCCGACUAAUUUUUGUAUUUUUAGUAGCCAUGUGGUUUUGCCAUGUUGGCCAGGCUGGUUUCAAACUCCUGACCUCAGGUGAUCCACCCACCUCAGCCUCCCAAAGUGCUGGGAUUAAAGGCGUGAGCCACCGUGCCCGGCCUAUUGUAGAUUUUCUUAACUACUUGCUAAGGAAAUCAUAUCCUUUUACAUGAACUACAGGUUUAGAACUCUGUUUUAAGAAAACUGCUAUGGCCAGAGGGUAAAUGGGAAUUGCCUUAUUGAAGGUAACAUUGAUUGCCUAAUGAGAAAAUGAAUUGUUUGCCACAGAGUUGAAUUUAAUUUGAGUUAGAUAGUUCAGAAUGUAGCACUUGCCCUAUAAAUGAAUUAGAUUUGUUCUAUUUAUAUAAUAUUAGAAUUAAUAUAUUAUCAUGUAAGUGGGAAUUUUAUUUUGUUAAGUGGACUCUCAAAUUUUAGAACUUGUGUGAAAUAUCUCCCAGAAAACACAAAAGGUUUCAAGGUAUCACCUAAAGCUAGGGAAUCAACAAACGUACUUUAUUAAUGCAAGACCACAAUUUAAGCCCCAGGCAGGAAUCCAACAGUAACAUUUUUCCUUUAGGUUAAGCAAUAAUUUUUUUGAAUUGUCAUUUUUAAUGGGUCUCAUACAUGCAUAUUGCUAAUAUCAUUCAUGUUUGAGAUUUUCAACAAAGAACCAAUUUAUUAAUAUAAUGUACAAAAAUAGUUGGUUCAUUUUCUGAAUUCAGUCUUUGAAAUAAAACUCCUUGUUUUGGCUGUGUUUCUGAAUGUAUUGGUGAUUCACCCCCAAGCUAAUUUUUUAAAGUCAUUUUUGAAGUUGGGAAGUCUCAUGAGAGAUGUUGAAGUAUGUAUUUAAUCAAGAGUCAUGAUUUCCAACCAGUUUUACAUAUUAAGCAGUUAGUGUUCUAAUUUAAUGGAUAAAUGUGUGUUUGGAUAAUUAAAUACCUAAAAAUUUUAUCCUUAAGUAUAUGUAAUUAUUUGCCUCUUACAUGUCUUAAAGCUAUUUAAACAAGGUGUUAAAUGAGCCAAAACAAUUGUUUAAGUAAUUAGAAUAGUACAUUUUUAUAAGAGUGUCUGUCAUAUGCAAUGAAUGUAUGUAAUACUAAAAAAUCAUGACUACUUUUAUCAAAGAAAAACCACACAUUAAUCCUAUUAAUCAUGAAAGCGUAGCAUUGUAAAUUAAAGGUUUUCUUUGAGGCUCUUGAAAGUGAUCCCAUUGCUUUCCUGUUUUAAAAAUAUUUUAUGCUCUUUAUUUCCACUUCUGUGAAUGUGAUACUUCUAUUUUGUGAUUAUGUUACUGAAUAAACAAACUUGCUACAUAAAAUUCUUACCAAUUAAAAAAAUUCUGAUUCUGCCA